GCACUUCGAACGCGGCAAUCUGUCUGGAAUCUUUUUGUUCUUCUCCGCUUCCCACAGAGCAGCUUGUCCUAUAAGAGAGAUCCGCCCUACAUAUUUCGAUCGUGAAAUAGGAAACGUCGAUUUCGAAAGGGAAAGGAAAGCAGGUGAAGGAAAAGAGAGGAACGAUUCCCUGCCUCUCUAGGAUAUGAUCUGAUGAUCUUGCUGCGGUCUGUGUACGCACACAGAGUCUGACAUUAAAGCGAGCUUUCUUACCUUGGGAGUCUGACAGUGACGCCAGAGACUUGAGAUUCGAGCGGGACUUCUAAUGAGAUGAAAUUCUUCUGGAAGAAAAAGAAGCAGAAAAUUCAAGGAAUUUUUUAGAAGAGAUCCGAUAUUUCAGGUCGAAUAUUCCGAAAUUUCGGUCUGAUUGAAUCUGAUUUCCUCGGGGAUCUGGAAGAAAUGCAUUUCUACAUUUCAUCUGGUGGGGCGAAGAGGGUUACGAUAUCGAAAGGUGGGGGUUGCUUUUGGAAGGUGAUGAAGGUGAUGAAAGUGAAGGGAUCGAAUCGGCGAUUUUCUUACCGAUCAGUUUUGCCGACCGUUAUAAUCGCAGCCGUGCUUUUGCCAUUUCUCUUCAUCAGAACCGCGUUCCUUGCGCUCGAAAGCGCGAGCCAUUGCUCUUCUACUACCAAUUGCAUUGGGUGGAGGUUGUGGCCCGGAUUUUUCAGAGAGGGCGAUACUUCAAUGAUGACCAGCAGACCAGGGGCUCUACACACCUAUCGGCCCAGCAAAACUCCUCAAAUGCAUCUCACUCGUAGACUCGGAGACGAAAUGAAGAGAGCGUUCAUCGAAGCAAAAGAAGAGGAAGCUACAGAUACUUCUUCUUUUCUCUCUUUCAACGAUCUCGUUGCAGACGUGACUUCUAGCCCACAAAAGGAUAUCAAGACGUUCGUUUCUAAGACCAAGGCAAUGCUACUGAAGAUGGACCGUGCGAUGGAAUUGGCGAGACUUAAAGGAUCAAUCUACCGCCACUUGGCAUCGAUCGGAGUCCCAAAAAGCAUGUACUGCCUAUCCCUUCGACUCGCAGAGGAGUACUCGAUCAAUGCUCGGGCCCGAUCACCAUUGCUGGAGGUUGAAUCCAUCUCUCGCCUCACAAAUAAUUCCUACCACCACAUUGCCGUCCUGACCGACAAUAUCCUUGCGGCUUCCGUCGUUGUCUCUUCUGCCGUUAAAAGCUGUGGCCAGCCAGAGAAGAUGGUGUUUCAUGUGAUUACCGAUAAGAAGACUUAUGCUCCGAUGCACGCUUGGUUCGCACUCAACCCGGUGGGCCCAGCCACGGUGGAGGUGAAGGGUUUGCACCAGUACGAGUCGGCCACCGAUUUGAAUAAAGGCUUGUUGGAGGUGAUGGAGAUCUACCGUUCGAUGAGGGAGCAUUACUACCAGCAUGGUGGUGGAAUUGGAGGCUAUGGGAGAUUAGAGGUGUUGAGGCCCAGCUGCUUCUCUCUUCUGAAUCACCUCAGGAUCUAUCUCCCUAAGCUAUUUCCAGAGCUUGAGAAGAUGAUAUUCUUAGAUGACGACGUUGUAGUUCAGCGCGAUUUAUCGCCGCUUUGGGGCCUCGACCUUAACGGAAAAGUUAACGGUGCCGUUAGUUCGUGGGACGGAGAUGACGGGAGGAAGCGUUGCUUUGGAGGAAGAUUCGCGGACCAUUUGAAUUUCUCGGAUCCGAUUAUUUCCUCGGGAUUCGAGCACGACAGGUGUGCGUGGUUGGAUGGCAUGCACGUCUUCGAUCUUCAAGCAUGGAGAGGGACCCACAUCACGCAGAAUUACCUUCGUUGGCUCAAAAUAAAUCAAGACUCUGGCUUUACAUUGUGGCAUCUAGGAGCCCUACCACCAGCCUUACUUGCUUUUGAUGGACACAUGCACCGGAUUGACCCGUCAUGGCAUCUAUCAGGGCUGGGCCAUCAACAAUCAGAUGUGGACCGCGGAAUGCUGAAAGCCGCUGCUGUCAUACAUUUCAGCGGCCCUGCAAAGCCAUGGCUUGAGAUUGGGUCCCCAAAGCUGCGCAGCUUGUGGACCACACAUGUUAAUUUCUCUAGUGAAUAUGUACAGAGUUGUAGACUUAUGUAGUGAAAAGAUGACAAAAAAAGAAAAGAAAA